AUGGUAAGCAGCCAGGUCGAGACUACUGAGCGCAAGAAAAUGCAGCAGCACCGCCGGGAAAGGAGAAACAGAGGAGAUGGCUUCUAUUCAUGUGACAGCUCGCCAAUGCCAGGUUCACCACCAUCAAAACGGUGUGGGUCAGACGUUUCAGGCAUUAAUCGUUCGCAUUCGGAUGUCUACAACAGUUCAAAACCCUCUACACCUAAAACUGAGAAAAGGUACCUAGGCGUUCGGGUAAGAAUGCCAGUGAGAGAUAUGCUGAGGAACAUACGGAUAGCCAAGGGAAUGGACCCCAAAGAAAUCCAGGGAAAAUCAACCAAAGCGUCAAAAGGAGAUAAAAAGCGUGUCAACACAAAUGGAGAACGUAGGAACGCUCUAAAAAAACAUCAGACAAAGGGUUUGGAAGAACUCGCCAUAAUUGUGGAGGUACUGGAGGAGGACCUCAGGACCAGUAGAUCACACAGACAAGCAAACAAGCUUGGUUCAUCCACAUUGUUUUCAGAGCAGAAGGGGAAAUCCUUUGGUGAAGACGUAUCCUCACAGAACCCAUUUUUUAGACAAAAAAGGGGGAAUGAGCAGUCCUUGUCCCCCAGUCAUAGCUGGCCCUCAGAGAAUUCCCCCACCUACUCUGUAGAAGAUUACAAUUUCUUUCCGUCUCCAGCUUAUAGCCAGUGUAUCAAUCAGUAUCCAAGUAUUCAAGGAGGGUACAGCAGCGAUGAGUCAGACGACUAUAGAUGCAGUGACCAGUAUGGGAUGGCUUACUCUCCCAGCUCAUAUGAGUACCAAGUGCCCUCACCCACAGAUUCAGCCUUUACCAAUCCUGAGCUGGACUGUUGGAGUGACUACCAGGAGAGCCUUGGUGGUCCCUGGCCCUGUUCGCUGCUGGAGAAAUGGGAGAACAUGGUGUUCUUCAGGACUCAGAUGGAAAGAGAGGAGAGUCUGCUGAGGGAAGUGUCUGAUAGAGAACUUCUCGCCAUGGACGAAAAUGGAAAAACGUAUCUUCACAAAGUUGUUGAGGAAGGGAGAAGAGCUGUUGUUUAUGUGGUUGCCAAAAGAAUGGCAGCGCUCAAGAAACUGGAUGCUAAAGAUGCAGAGGGAAAGACCCCUCUCCAUCUAGCCACUCAGAAGAAUCAACAUUUGAUGGUUGCUGAUCUGAUUUCACUGGGCGCAGAUGUUAAUGAGAGAGACAAGUAUGGCAAAACAUGUCUUCACCUUGCUGCAGAGCGUGGAUAUGUCAGAGUCUUGGAGGUCCUGAAAAAUGCCAUGAAAAAUGGGAUGUAUAUAGAAUUGGAGGCCAGAGAAAUGAAUGGGCGUACCGCAUUGCAGUGCGCAGCCGUUGCCCUGAACAGCAGUGUCUGUGGGCUGGAACUAAGCAUAGUGCCCAGCCAGGUAAGGCUGCACAACUUACGCCAAGAGCAGAUGAUGGAAACUCUGGAGUGCCUCUUGCAAAUGGAAUGCAAUUUACACAGUUUGGAUCAUCAGCUGAAGGAACAAGCCAGCAUGAUGAAACCAGGGAUGGAUUCACUCAAGUGUGAACAGUUUGCCCACCUCCCUUCUAGAGAAGACAAGGCAAUGUACAUGAUCUAG